GUUGGAAUGGCCUGACAUUUAUUUAAUAGUGAAAUUCUUAUAUUGAGAAUUUUUAAGAUUUCAAACUAGCAAAUAAUUUUUUUAAUUUUAGCCUUGGACGAAAUAAAUUAAUUCUACAAUCACGAUGUCCACUGAAACAGAGCAAGCCCGAAUUGAAUUAUUACAAUUACUUUUUCCCGAUGAAUAUCCAAGUGAAUGGAACUAUGACGGCAAUGUUCAAGAUUAUUUGACAAAAUUGGGAACUUAUAAACUAGAGGAUUUGGUGAAGGAACCAGAUCGCUUAAAACUGGAAACGAAUUCAAUUCAAGAGCAGAUCCAGGAACUAGCAGUUACCAAUUAUAAAACAUUUAUAGAAACAGCAGAAUGUUCUAGAGAGCUUUUUAAACAAUUCAAUACUAUUGAAAAUAAGUUAGAUAUCCUUAUAGAUAAAAUACCAAAGUUUGAGGAGGAAUGCAAAAUAUUUGCGGAGAAGUCAAGUGAUAUAAAUGAUUUGAGGAAAUUAACAUCUUUAACCCUGACUAAAAAUGCGCAGUUAUUAGAAAUCUUGGAAUUGCCGCAAUUAAUGAAUUCUUUUAUAAAUGAUGGUUUAUACGAAGAUUCUUUAGAGUUAGCUUCUCACGUUCGAAAAUUGUAUAACAAAUACCCUGACAUACCCAUAUUUAAAAGCAUUGCUGAUGAUGUGGAUAGAGCUUGGCUUCUCAUGUUGCACCAAUUGCUAGCACAGUUAAGGCAAGAUUUGUCUUUACCGAAAUGUCUUCAAAUUGUCGGUCAUUUACGGAGGAUGGAAGUUUUUACAGAAUCUGAGCUAAGGCUUAAAUUUUUACAGACCAGGGAUUGUUGGUUACAGAAAUGCCUUCAAGCAAUCCCUAAAGAUGAUGUUGGUCAUCACUUAACAAAAACCAUAGAAGUGACGAGAGUAAACUUAUUUAACAUUAUCACUCAAUAUCGGGCUAUAUUCAACGAUGAUGAGCAUAGUCCCUUAGCUUUGAUGAAAAACCAUAAUGUCAACCAAAACGUGAUAUUUUUUAGUUGGAUAAAGGAUAAGAUUGCUGAAUUUUUGCUAAUAUUGGAAGAAGAUCUAAAGAGUGUCACUUCUAUAGAAACAAUUCUUGAGCAGUGCAUGUAUUUUGGUCUUUCGUUUAGUAAAGUGGGUUGCGAUUUCAGAUCAUUGAUGAUACCAAUCUUUACUACGAGAAUAUCUCAAAAUUUCUCUGGUGCCGUAUCGGAAGCUUUAAAAAAUUUUGAAACGAACAUCGAACGGUUCACUUUGAUUAACAAAAACCAUCCUAGCAUCCCGUGGAAAACCAAAAAUGAAGAUCCGCUGCAACCCCCAGAUAGUUUGCUGGAGUUUUACCCCUUAGCCGAUUAUUUGAACAGUAUUUUAAUUGCGUUGAAUAAAUUGAGGUUGUGUGCACCCAUAGCUAUUAUUGACGAUGUGGUGAGUUCCUUGCAAAGUUCGUUGAUUUUCAUCUCAAAGUCUUUGCUUGUAUUAUACAAUCAAGAACAACAAGCAUUUACUGUUAAUUCAAAGGACGCCUUUACUCGUUUGUGUAUGAGUUUUUCCGACGAUUUGGUUCCUUAUCUGCAAAAGUGUGUGCACGUUAUUUUUCCGCCUAGUCAGAUUGCGAUGAAAUUAGGUGUUAAUGUUCAGAGUUUACAACAAGAACAUAUUUCGUUUUUGGAUAAAAAUACUAUAGUGGAACCUAUUAAACAUUUAUUACCUGCAAAAAUUGAACCUGAUGUGACCAGGGCGAGUGUAGAGGGUAGUAAUAAAAAUGACGAGGGUGCAAGUAUAAGUAAUAACGUCGAGGCGCAUUCAAAUGAAAAUGAGAAUUUAGAGGAUAAUAAUUAAACGUGUUAUUGCAAAUUUAAGGUCGAGAAUUUAAAAAAAAA